AUGGGGUACUUUGAGAUGUGCAAGAAGAUCUUCGUGCAGAUGUGUGCCCAGUGCCACACUGUGGAGAAGGGGGGCAAGCACAAGACCAGCCCCAACCUGAGCGGGCUCUUUGGCCACAACACCUGCCAGGCCCCAGGCUUCCCCUGCACCGACGCCAAAAAGAACAAAGGCAUUACCUGGAAUGACGAUACGUUGAUGGAAUACCUGGAAAACCCUAAGAAGUACAUCCCGGGAAUGAAGAUGAUCUUCGCCGGCCUGAAGAAGUCAGAGAGGGCCGAGUUGAUAGCCUACCUGAAGCAGGCCACCAAUGAGUAA